AUGAACUAUAGCUUCAAUUGGGACAUGUUCCCAUCCACGGCUCUUGAGGCGUCUCGCUUGCUGACGCCUUUAGGAUGCCUUAUCCAGAAGUCAUCAGUGAAGGUUCCAACGUUCAACUCGUUUCCCAUGAAAUGCCUUCUGUGUGGAGCCACCACGAGCAUCUUCACCGAGAUUGACCAAACGGGCAAUGUAUUUUGUUGUCCAUUCUGCCUUAAAAGAUCCCCUUUACCGAAGAAGGCAGAAUCUUCAACUGGGCUGGACGUUGUUCCUCAGAACGAGACUGUGGACUACAUCAUACCCAACGACAUUGCACAGCCAAUUGGCUCGAGGGGCCCGGUCGUAUUAUUUGUGGUUGACUUAUACCAGCAAGUUGACUGUCCUGAAGAAUUCACAGCGUUGAAGAAACAUUUGACGGACUCUAUCUCCAAGCUCUCAACAGAAACGUCGGUGGGGCUCAUUUCCUUUGCUAAUACAGUCACUCUUCAUGGACAGAAGGAGGUUUUAUUCUCAUUAGACAAACUAGUACCGGCAAACUACAACUUUGCCAGUAUUCUCGGCGAUAAACCUGUUGUUGCCAAAAUACUACUGAUGAUCGCUGAAUCCUCAAGUACCAACAUUUGGAAAGGUCUGCAAGCUUUGCAGUCAGGGUACUUUAGCUCGCCCAAAGAAGCAAUAGAGCAGGUGGAAAGACUUCGCCCAAAUCUAACAAGAUCUUUCAAACCAGAGCGUUCCUCAGGCUUUGCUCUUUUGAUAGCUACAUUGCUUAUCCUGGCUGCAAGCUCAGCACUGCUUCUUGGUAAAGUGAAAUAUUUUUCUUCAGGUCCUUGCACAAUUGGGCCAGGGAGCGUUGUUAAUACCCUGGAAUCAAUGAGGACCCAUGAUGACAUCGCUAACCUUAAAGCUAGUCAUUUUGUGGGGGCCUCAAAAUUCUAUAAGGCCCUUUCAUACAUUGGAUGUGGUUACACAAUUGAUCAAUCCUACAGUGCUGCAUUUACUGCCGGUGGCUCACUAACAGACUACAAUGUUGGUAAGACUUCUUCAAGAUUCUCCUUCGACUUGUUCUUCGGGUCUCUUGAUCAGGUGGGCUUGUAUGAAAUGUGCUCCCUAUCGUCAGGAACAGGUGGAGCUGUCAUAUUCAGUGAUGGGUUUGUUACUCAUUCUUUUGGAAAGAAGCUCCAGGCUGUUUCUGAAGACCCCUCUACACAAGAUUGCAUUUUAACGGUCCAUACUUCGCCAGGAUUGAAGGUGUCUUACACACUUUCUUAUGGUACUCCAUAUCAGUCCUCAUAUCAAUCAGGAGAUCAGACUAGCUAUCAUCACGAUCGCAUUUCCGAUAAUAUUUCUGGCUUUGAGUCACUGUUGAAAAAGAGACAUUUUACUAACAAAUGGUACCUCGGGGAAGUCAGAGAUUCUGUCGGGUGCGUUCUUUUUGAGAUAGAUCCAUCAAGUUUGAAAAGUUCAACUUUGAAAGAUGUCUUUAUCCAAUUUGAGCUAGAGUUCUGGGACUCUGAACUUCAGCAGAGAGUGAUAAGGAGUACCACUCUUAAGAAGCCCACUACAAGAAGCGUUUUCGGCAGUACUGAGGAAAGCAAAAAGAAACUAUCCAGCAAAAUUAAUGAAAACGCUAGACAAAAGGCCCUUCUAACAAACUUUAACCCAGAGGCCUGGAUCACAAUACUAACUAGAUUAUUGAUCAGCAAAAUCGACACAACAUUAGGUUUUGAAUCGUUCGAAGAGGUGAUCAAUAUUUUGGAUGUGACACUUAUGAAGAUUGCCAAGUUUUUUGGUGUGAUGAAGGAGCAAAUCUCAAACUGUAGCAAUCCGUUUGAAAAUCUUAAGACCCUUUAUUCAAUCGACGACCAUUUCAAAAAAUUGCCCAUUCUUGGUUAUUACUUGAGAAAGAACCCACAGCUUAUCUCAAUUUUCAACAGCUCUCCAGAUGAAACAGCUUACUAUCAUCAUAUUUUCAUGGGUCUUCUGACAGACGAAUCUUGCAUUAUGAUCCAACCAAAUCUAUACGAAGUCGUGGAUGACAGAUUAGAAAAGCGGCCAUUAGAGACUACAACUGUCCAAUUGAUCAAAGAUCGUCGGUUUUUUGUAUUGGAUACAUUCCAUACCGUUACCAUUUAUUUGCAUACCCAAAAAGAUAAGCUUCGCCUCCACAGCUCAGACAACGACGAUAUAGUAUACGAGAGGAAGAUUGAAGAGGUCAACAACAUCAUUGACAUAAUUCAUUCUGAGACAUUCACAGUCAAGAUUCCUUUUGUCACGCCUACUGCCACCAAAUAA